UUCAUCACUUGCCAAAAAAAGAAGUAAAAGAUUAAACAAAACCAGGAAGAUCGAUCCAUCUAGCUAUUCAUUUGCAAAUCCCAAAUGGCCGCCUCCCAAACCAAGCAACCCCACUUUCUCUUAAUUCCUCAACCAACACAAGGCCACGUAAUCCCCCUAGUAGACAUAGCUAUAAUGUUGGCACAGCGUUGCGUGACUAUGACCAUUGUCACCACUCCGCUUAACGCAGAGCGUUUUAUGCCAACCAUUGUUCGUGCCAGAGAAUCUGGGCUCAAAAUCAACAUAGAACAACUCCAACUUCCAUUUGAAGCAGUAGGAUUACCAGAAGGGUGUGAGAAUGUCGACAUGCUGCCUUCAAUAGAUUUGUCGUUGAAUUUCUUCACUGCAUUAGGAAUGCUGCAACAGCCAGUGGAAGAACUAUUCGCGAGGCUAAGUCCCCGUCCAAACUGCAUACUCUCCGAUUUUUUCUUGCCUUGGACUGCCCCAAUUGCGUCCAAGUUUGGUGUUCCAAGGAUCACUUUCACCGGAUUCUCGUGCUUUGCAGAAUUGUGCUUGCACAACAUUCGCAGCAAUUCUAGUUUCCUGAAGAGCAUAAGUUCGAAAUACGAAUACUUUCGUGUGCCUGGCUUGCCCGGUGAUGACAUUGAAAUCGCGAAAGCACAUCUCCCGCAGCCCCCAUCUCCGAAUUUGCAAGUGUAUUUGGAGCAAGUGUUAGCCGCUGAAAGGACAAGCUAUGGGAUGAUUCUUAAUACCUUUGAAGAAUUGGAGUCCAAGUACAUCAAAGAAUUUAAUAAGGUAAGACCAAAUAAGAAGGCUUGGUGUAUUGGUCCUGUUUCAUUAUCCAACAAAGAUACCUUAAAUAAGGUUCAAAGAGGUAACAAGUCCUCAAUUGAUCAACAUGAUUGCUUGAAUUGGCUAGACUUGCAAAAACCAGGAUCUGUAGUCUAUGUUUGUCUUGGAAGCCUUAGCAAUCCAACACCAGCACAGUUGACUGAGCUUGGACUAGGCCUGGAAGCAUCAAAAAGGCCAUUUAUUUGGGUAUUCAAGGGAGACAAAUCAAAGGCAAUAGAGAACUGGAUCUCUGAAGAUGGAUUUGAAGAAAGAGUCAAGGGUAGAGGCCUAUUGAUUCGCGGUUGGGCGCCGCAGAUUCUAAUCCUCUCACACCCAGCAAUUGGAGGAUUCUUAACACAUUGUGGUUGGAAUUCAAUUCUUGAAUCAAUAAGUGCUGGUGUGCCUUUGAUUACAUGGCCAUUAUUUGGAGACCAAUUUUUGAAUGAGAAGUUGGUAGUGCAAGUGCUGAGGAUUGGUGUAAGUGUUGGAGUGAAGGUUCCAUUACAGUUUGGAGCUGAAGAGAAGAUUGGAGUUGUGUUGAAGAAACAAGACAUUGAGAAGGCUAUUAACAAGUUGAUGGAUGGUGAAGAUUCUGAGGCAAGAGAGAUGAGGAGGAGAGCUAGUGAGUUUGGUGAGGAGUCAAAGAAAGCAAUUGAAGAAGGUGGUUCUUCUCAUAUUAAUUUGACAAUGUUAAUCAAAGAUAUCAUGCAACAGACAAAUGAAGAGGAGUCAAGCUAAGGAACAGGGGAGUGAGAAUUUAAUUAUUUAUCAAUUCUUUUUCAUCAAUUGAUUUAUGUUUUUCAUAGUUAUUGUACAAUAAAAUAAUUCCAUUGGAAUUGUGUUUCUUGCAAUGUAAAAUUAUAACAUCAUAUUAGCCAUUCCAUGUAAUUUUUAUUCCCAACAAGCAGUUUCAAAAUGUUUUCCAGUA